ACACGCUCCUGUCAGCCGCAAAUGUCACUGGGAAAAAUUGAAAACAAUAAUAAUUUUUUGUUCUUCCUCUCGAGAUUAGGAGCAAAAAAAGUGAUGACGAAGGAACAAGCAAGCGAAUAAACGCGAAUCAAGUUGCCUGCUGUUCAUUCGACAGCAAUCGAAAGAAGUGGUAAAAAUUAAGGAUCUAUAUCAGCCAGUAGCGUAACCGAGUGCGGCCAGCGUAGCGGCCAAAGAGCAGACGGCCGCCAACAUGAAUCUACACGAGCCGGUUGAUCCCAACAAGCCCUUCGAUGAGCUAACACCGGAGGAAAAAAUGAGGUUGGAACAUAUUAAAAUGUACGAAAAACAUAAGGGCCACGAAUCGAUGCACAUGGAGAUGGUUGUGAUACUGCUGGUCACGCUCAUAAUCGCUCAGGUGGUGCUGGUCGAAUGGAAGAAACGCCACUACAGAUCCUACUCGCUAAUGACACUGCUCGCCCUGUGGAUAAUUCCGUUCGUGCUCAGCCUGCGCAGCCAGUACUGGCGGUUUAUCUUCUUCUGGCUAAUAUUCAGCUGCAUAACCGGGCUGGUGAUGCGCAAAGCGAUACGCAAACCCAUCUCCGGCACGACGCCGCGGCUAGUGUACAAGUGGUUUUACUUUAUCUACAAACUAAGCUACCUGCUCGGCAUCAUCGGGUACAUCGUGAUGAUGUUUACGUUUUUCGGCGUAAACUUCAUCUUCAACCAGCCGCCGCACACGUGGAUGGACGUGGGGUUGCUGCUGGUGUUUUACGGCCUCUACUACGGCGUGCUCGGGAGGGAUAUAUCGGAAAUCUGUGCCGACAAGAUGGCCUGCCACAUCGGGUACUACACACCGAAGGGCAUCCCGACGCGGCAUCUCGAGCGCAACGUGUGUGCCGUCUGUGGCAAUCAGCUGCUGACGGACGUGAACGAGUCCGGCGUGAUCGAGAACACGUACAAGCUGACCUGUGAUCAUGUGUUUCACGAGUUUUGCAUCCGGGGCUGGUGUAUCGUGGGGAAAAAGCAAACCUGCCCCUACUGCAAGGAGAAGGUGGACCUGAAGAAAAUGUUCUGUAACCCAUGGGAACGUCCCCACGUACUGUACGGGCAGCUGCUGGACUGGAUCCGGUGGCUCGUGGCAUGGCAGCCGCUAAUACUGUUCAUUGUGCAAGGCAUCAACUGGAUGCUCGGGCUGGAGUAAAGCAGCAACGAACGGGGGCCUGGUCAGGCCUGAUAGGGGUUUAUUCCAUCUCCUCCCUCUCCAUCGUCGAUUUCACUAGUCGCGGCAAUGGCUUUAGUUUCACUACAAUGUAUUUAAUUGAACCGUUACUUUCCUUUGAAACCAAAAAGAAAAGAAAAAAAAACAGGCGCUUGGGCGACAGGCGAGCACCGGUGCUCGGCACUCUUGCCCCAUCCUUUUCGUCGUGCCACGUGCGACACUUUAGGUUGUAAACCUUUGCAUUUCCUAUUCAACACAAACCACUAAAGGUAGUAGUAGAUAAAGAACUGUAGCUGGCACAGAAUGUAUAAGGCACCAUUAAAAAAUAAACCCGUGUGUACCUCGGGAGAGACUCAGUUCUGGUGCCGCCCACGUGUGUGUGUGUGUUUGACCUGUUCAGGGAGAGUAGAAUGUUUUGUUUUUAGCAAAGUGUAGAAAAGCACACACCAACACAGACAGACGAUGAGAGCUAAUUUUAUUCGUUUUUGAUGUAUUAUUACGUACCACCACGUGUUGUGAGUUUCGUUCAAGAUGGACCAGUUUUGAAUUGAUUUCCCUCGUCGUUUUGCUAUGUCUAGGCUGUAAGAUAAAUAUCGUGAAAUAAUAUCCUUAUUAACAGACGA